AUGGACACGCGAUUAAAGCCCGUGCGCGCGCGCGAAAAGCGCCGCUCGUUCUUCUACGACCAGCUGCCUCCGCCGAGCCCAGGCGCCGCGUUCCACUCCGGCGAAGAGCCGCCGGCUGCCCCGGCAAGUCGCGCGAGCACGCCGUCGGCCGCGGCGGCUGCAGCCGCGGCUGCGGAGGCGGCAGCGCAGGCGUCAGAGGCGAGUAUCGCUUCUCCGCGAGGUCGAGGGCCUCCGUGCGUGUCCGUCGGCUCGGCCCACGACAGCGCCUCGGCGUUCGGUUCCACGCGGCUUCUGUCCUUCGCCCCCGGGAGCAGCGGAUCCGCCUCGAACUUGCCGUACAGCCCCGGGUCGGCCGCGGGGCGGCACACCCCACGCGGGUCGGUCAACUUCGAUUUGGGUUCCGUUUCAGGCGGGGCAUUCGCGAGCGCAGCAAGUGCCGCGCAGGCUGCCGCCGAAGCGGUCGCCUCGCUCCAGACGGAGAGCGGCUCGGGGCACGAGCGAGAGGCCUUCCGGCCCGCACUGCGCCGCGUGCAGUCGCACACGAAGCUCUCGAUCGGAGCGACGGAGGCGGCGCUUCAGGGCGAGCGGUCGUGGCCGGGGGAGGGUGGGCGGCGGCUGGCGAGGGCGGCGCUCGCUGCGACCGCUGCGGCUUCGCUCGGCUCGUUGCGGCGCGGGAAGCGGCAGACGUUGCCGGGGAGGACGGGCGGGGCGGGAGCUUUGUUGCCAGUCAAGGAAGAAGGCGAGGAGGCGGGGCGCAACGUGGACUUGGACUCCGCAGAGACUCGCAAAGGCAGUGGAAGCGACGACGGCGACGGACCCAACGAGGGAGCGCAGUUCGAGAACCAGGGACAGCUGGGGACGGAUUUUAUGCGGAACGUGCCCAUGGUGGUUGGCAUCCCCGUCUACGGCGUGGGCACAGGCGUGACGUUUGGCAGUUUUCUCGGUCUCCUGCUCGUCGGGCUCUUUACGACGCAUCUGUUCACCUCCUGGUACGCCGCAAACAUUCUCUCGACGGACGUCCCCAUCCCGUCGGGUCUCGACGCGACCCUCCACCUGCGCAACUGCGCGGUCCAGUUCCAGCGGCUGUCUGAAGCCGACAGAGCGGCGGGGCGCGGCAGCUUCAUCCGGAUGUCAGCCUGGCUCGGACUUCAGGAAAUCCCUCGCCACGCGCGGUCGAGUGCACAGACCGAAGAUCACACGCGGCCUUGGAAGUGGAAGUCGCCUCAAGAACUGAUGGUGCUCCUCCGGUUCUCCAGCUACGACCCCUGGUUCCGGUGUUCACUCCGCUUCUUUCUCGCCGACGACUUUGUUUUCAACUCGCUCGACAUCCUGUUUUUCCCGGCGGACAACUACAUCAACCUGGAUGCGUCCGUCCCCGUGAUUGCCAAGGAGCGGAUCUCCCUCGACGCCUUCCACGCGUUCAUUCGCUUCCAGUCGAUCGAGGCAAAGUCGGUCUCGCUGUCGGUAAUCGACGGGAACCUGAACUUUUCCCUCGACGGGCCUUCGUCGCACUACAGCAACCAACCGAUUCUCGUCAACAGCCGCACGGCGAGUGUCUCCGUCCAGAGCCGGUCCCCGCUGUCUAUUUCCCUAGACGCGGACGCCGCAGCGCGGAGUCUGCUUCGGGCGUCGGGCCGGAUUUCCGUGUCGGCGCCGCCUGGCCUCAGCAGCCCGUCGGCAGCGGAGGAGGCCCGAAACGGUAACGGGAAAAGCGACGGGGCGUCGGUGUCCUCCGAAGCGUCGCCAACUGUGCGCGCGCUUUUGCUCCCCUCAGACACCUCGGCGAUGUUUGCGGGGAUCAUGGCGGUCCCCGUCGCCCUCGACUGCGAACAGUGCGCCUUCUUCGCGACCGCCCGCACGCUGACCGAGUCUCUCGAAGAGACGUCGAUGGAGACUUGGGUCGGGCAAGUUCACUCGGCCCAGCCGCACCUCAUCCCCUACGCGGAGGAGAAAGUGUCGGCGGCGCUGCGCUGGGUGGAGAGCGACCCUUCAGCCCCGUGGGUGAUUAACGUGGAGGCGAUAGGCUUGCCGGAAGCCGCGGGAGUCUGGCGCGUGCUGUCCAGCAAUGCGUACCUCAACAAUGUCUACUGGUUUGUCGUGCUUUCCGGGGGAAUGCUGCGGCCACGGACGCUUCACGUUCCCCUACAGAUUAUGGGGCUGUUUUGCCGGAGCGUCAUCGACGUCGACGAAGACGACCGAGUCGCAGACGUGAUCACCUCCGCGGAAGACUACCUCGCAGAGAGCAUUUCGCACUACUUUACUCGAAGGAGACAGAGCGGUCGGACCGGCAGGAGCCUGAAGUGGGGAUUAGGGUGGACCGCCCAGAAGAGAGGCGAAGACGCGCCAAAGGCCGCCGCCGAAGUCAUCCGCGCGGCCCUCACGGGUGAUGCCAGCGGAUCCAACGAACUCGCCCAGUCCCCAGCGAGGCGACUCCAGGCUGUACCCGCCAGAGAGGAUGAGGGCGUGAACGGCCCAGACGGAGACGGGGAAGAGAAUUCGAAGCACGAGGCGAAGCACGCCGACAGAGACGCGAAGCGAGUCCACACGGCUCCAGCUUCCACAGGCAGCCGCGACAAGUACCGCUACCAGUUGCUUCAGAGUCGGCAGAAACUGUACGAGCAGUACUACGCAGUGAAGAAAAGAAACGAAGAGAGGCUGCGAGAGGCUGCACAUGGCGCAGCGGACCUCUUUGCUCCCCUGCCGAAGUCUCCCUUCUUUCCUUCGGAGGCAACCGGGACCGAAAAGACAGACCCGACAAAGGGGGCCGAGAACCACAGAAAAAAUGCGAGUGCCUUUGCAGGCAGGGAUGACCCGCAGGCCGGAGCGCUACAGACUCGGGACGGCGACGGAGCGGCUGAGGGCGUGGCUGCGCAGGUAACGAAGCAGGAACAAAGGGAGAAACGAGGGCCUUUCGGGCUCUACCAGUCCCUCUACCGACCGUCCUCCCUCCCGACAGUCGCCUCCUCGAGCCUGCUGGACUUGGACGACAGCCAACGCGCCUUUUUCCAGGACGCAUCGCCCGCGCCAGUGCGCAUGCUGCUGGCCAAGAACUCCGCGUACCCCGGCACGUCCGUUGGACCCACCAAACCCCUGAGCAUGUGCAUCAACGAAGUCAUCGAAGACAGCUUCCUGGUGCUCUGGAACGCUUUGCACGACACGCGCUCGCCUUCCACGCUCUAUGUUUGGUCGGCAGACUACACUGGGCCGGAAUACCUUUACUCUGUCCUCAGCGACGCCCUCGUCAAGACGCGCGUGGGAGUCCGGGACACUUGGUAUUUUCUAGUCGCCAUUCUCAUCAACCUCGUGGCCACGCUCGUCCUGGCCAUUUUGGUGGUAUACGCAGUCUACGCGCACUUUCUUCCACGGCUGAAGCAACAGGAUCGAGAAUCUGUCGUUCUCCGGGACGCAAGUCAUCGGCUCGACCACGAAAUCUCUGGCAGCGCGUCUUCGGCGGAGUCGGAGUCGAGCUGGAACCUCAUGGUUUCUCGCGUGCAUUUCCCGUGUCACGGCCUGCUGCUGCGCUGGUCUGCGCCCGAGGGCGGCAGCCCCUUUUUGCGGCUGGGCGUGCACAUUCGCCCGGCGGAGGUAGCGUGGGCCGAGGCCUCGAACGACACGGCGACGCUGCUGAAGUUCUCCAAGAAGGAGCUGUACGUGUACCUCAACGCGUCGAGCGUACAGACAGUCCACCAACUGGGACUCAACCAGAAGGAGUUGUUCCUGCCUAUCCAGCACCCGGGAAUGGUCGAGCUGGACACGGCCCAGAGCUACAAACUCGAUCCGGAAAUCAAGUACCGAGUUCGCCUGGUCCGGUUCACGAGUCACGGCCGGGCGCUGGACCAGUCCAGGUGGUCACCUGAGAUCAUCCUGGGCGGCGCCAUGACCUUCACCGACUACCCGAUUCUUGUCCUCAAGCGACUGCUGCCUUCGUCCGUCUCGUCGCUAGACAUCUUCCUCAGAAAGUUCACCUACGUCGCCAGCCACUUCUCCAUCCCCGUCACGCUCACCAACAUCAAACUGCAACUUUUCGACAUGCCGCCCGAAGCCAAGGCCAGGCGCCUGGGAAGGCUCUCCUCGGGGGCAUUCCGGCGCCUCCAGAGAUCUUCGGUGGUCGAGAACGACUCCGCCAUGAUGCAGCGAUGGGGCUCGGAUGUCGAAAACGUGGUUGAGAGCUUGUCGUGCGACUACGUUGCCAGCGCACACUUUGGGUACAAAGCGCAAAUGGCGAAAGAUAUUCGCACAAAGACGGGGCGGCACGUGUACUCGGAAGUACGCUUCCAAGGACACCCGGUCGUUGUAUCAGGCGACCAGCUCGACUCUGGCGACCAGAGGCCUUACUUGGAGCUUUGCGCGAAGAACAAGCAUCUCCGGCUGCUGAAAGACCGAAUCGCCCACAACACCAUUGGCUUCGAAGUUGUGGCGGGGAUCACCGGACAGGUGCUGGCCUUCGGCACCAUCCGGUUCGAGGACUUGUACCAAAUUGUUCGCGAGACCGUGCACAAUCAAAGAGUUCAGGAAGAGCGCAGAGAAGAAGGCGAGACGCAAGACAGAAAAGACGACAGGACACCCGGGCGCUUCCGCGUCGGCCUGGAAUACGUCGACGGCGGCGGGCCGUGGGGACGCCUGGAGUGUACGCUCGACAUCGAAAAUAUUCGCAGCUACAUCCGGCACUUCGACAAGGACGAUGCUACGGACCAGGCCUUCCAGAGACGAAGAGCGCGUCUACGUACGACCAUUCAAUCUAUAAAAUCCUCUCGAGUCGACGACGCGGACGAUGGCAGAGCCUCAAUCAGCGGACCCUCGGGCGAGCAGCCGGGCUCUCAAGACGGUCGGCGUCGGCGUCUCUCGCGAGUCGAGGGAACCUCCGAGGAGAUUUUAGCCAAGCUCGGGUGUUUGAAUGGAGAGGGAGAAGGCAGAGAGCGAGAACUGCCCCGGGGGGGACUGGGCAGCGGCAUCGAGUUGUCCACGUCCACGCCGCGCGAGAGGACCCGCGGUAGGCGCCUCUCGCGCCUGGAAGUCCCCGUCGACACAGACGGCCUCCAGGUCCCGCUACUCGCGGCUGCAGAGAGCGCCGCGCAGGCGCCUGGACCCUCGACUCCGCGGUUGAGUUCACACCUCGCGCUGAGUCGCGUCUCGCUCUUCUCUGGGCCAGGAUCAGGCCGGGAAAGCCUGCCGUACUUUGUCAGCGACUCCCCCGGGCGCCCGCUGCUCCAGGGUUCCGACUUGUUCGUGCAGUGGGUUUGGCCCGACGCAGGCGGGCACCCUGACCACAUCUUUCUUGGUCUCUUUCGCCACGAGGACAGCCGAUACAUCUCGCCUCUGCACUGGGGAAGACCCGUGCCGAACACUGGCAGCUACGCGUGGAGCGUCGACACCGUGUUCGAGCGAGGCCAGCAGUGUCAGCUGGUGUACAUCGCCAUGUUCACCAGUCCCCUGCAGCCUCCCUACGACCCAGCCGGGGCUGUCUGCGAAUCCAACGCCUUCUACAUUGUCAGGCCGACUCCCCUCGCUGAGCUGGAGCUUAUCUACGCCUCGUUCUGUCGAACGCACGGCCUCGAAAUGGAGCACAUGUCGGAAACUGCGCUUCACCGCUACGGAUUCGACGUUCGCGAGCACAUGCUGAAGAUCUGCCAAGACCUCCGCGCGCCUCUCUGCACGGAGCCGCAGAGCGCCGAGGCCGUCCAUUGCCCGGGCCAGUGUCUGAUCAGCACGCAGUCGAAACUGGUGAUGUUGGACCGAGCAACCGACGACGUCCACGGAGGCGCCGCAGCCCCGGAGGAGAAACAGGUGGUUGUGUACAAGUCGAUCACGCGCAAAGUGCAAUUGAUUGAGAAUUUGGGUGUGCUCCGCAACACCGAUUGGUGGACGCGCAGCCCGGACAUUCUCUUGUUGAACAACGACUUGUUCUAUUCGAGUCGCCUCCUCGAGCAGUGUCGCCAGCUGAGCGCAUACCUGCGCUCCUGUUUGCAUUUCUUCGGCAACAAGUACACCCAGACCCCGGUCGACUGGGGUUUGCGCAGUCCCGAGGGCGCCUCGCAGCGGUACCUCUCCAGGCGCUUUGAAUUCCGCGUUCUCCCGAGUCUCAUCAACGUUUGGCUCAUCUGCAUCCAAUGCAUCGUGUUCUUCGCCUUUCCAAUCUUUGUCCUGGUCUUCACCGCACUGCACAACUACAGCUUAACCGAAGCGACGCGCUGCCUGCAGAAGCAGAAGAACGAACACUACUUCAGCGACGUGAUGUUUGAGGGGGCGAGUCUUGCUUCGCUUAUGCGCCUGCCUCUCGGGAAUCGGAUGGUGAUCCUCUUCAGCUUCCUGUACAUGUCUGUGAUGACCGUCGCAAUCUUCUUCAACGUCUUUCUGCGAGAGCGCUUCCCGCGCGCGCUGCGCCUGCUGGACAUGACAGGCCGAGCUUUGGUGACCUUCUCCAUCUUCAUGACUGCUUGGGCGCUCUCCGCGUUUUCCUUCUGGUUCCUGCUCGGCGCCCUCAUUAACUCGGACAGUUUUCUGCCCUACGCCGCGAUGGUGGGCUCCGUCGUCUUCGUCGUCGGCUACCUGUGGAUGAACUUUCUCAGCUCCAGGGAAGGGGUGACGAAAUUCAUCGAAGACAACCUCCAACUCCUCCUGUCUCUCGCGCUCGAUCACUGGUUCGCCAACAUGAAUCUGACCUACACCGGCAAGGAACAGGUUGCAGACGACGAAGUCCUCGUCACCUACCGAGAUCGAAUUCGAGACGAACUUCGGGAUGGCCGCAUGCGCCUCCAACGCGAAUAUCAGCUUGGCCAUUUGGACCAGUCAGACGACUGUUCCGACGGAAGCGACGCUCGCCUCUUUGCGGACCACGCUCGAAUUAAACAGCAGAAGGAGAAACUGGCGAUUCCUGUUUUCGACAAACUCACCGCGACGAACGACCAGAACUUCUCCUUCGAUGAACGUGGACUGCCGCGAGGCCUCGAGAACAUCCCAAAUCUGCCAGAAGGAGCUCGUUUCGCCACUGUCAGCGAGGUGGAGAGACACUCGGAAAAGAUCGACGACAUGCUGUCGGGCUGGGAGUCGGCGAUUCUCAAGGACGGCGUCAAAUACGGCCCACGAUUCGGUUACAAAAUUGAGCGGUGCCCGCAGCCCGGCCAGAGCUACUCGUACGCCAUUGUUGCGCUGCCUCGCUACCCCCCUGCGGAGGAGUUGGGCGAUGUUUUGAAGGCUCAGUUGGUAUUUGACUACUUCAACAAGGAAGGGAAAGAAUACCUGACAAAAACGGAAUUUAUCGCCUUUUUGAAUAAACUGCGCGACAGCCAAGCAGAGGAGCAAAACUGGCCAGAGCUCCUCGAGUACUUCAACGACAUAGCCAACACGAACAUCGAUCCGAACCGCGGCAUUACAGUUCCCGAUCUGUUGAAAAUUUACAGCCUUCAGUCAGGAGAGCUCGACCGGGACUACGAGAAACUGUAUCCGAUCAUUCGACAAGAAGAUCUCGAUGAAGAUUUAGAAGACCUCGAACACCUGACCGAUGACGACGAGAUGGACGGGCAAAGCGACGAGGAGGUAUCAGACUACGAGGAAACGACGGAGGACGAGGAAGACGACGAAACCGACGCCGGAAGCAAGAGCGGACUUCUCCAGAAAGGGGAAGGCGGCGGCGCGGUCAAGCUUGUGUCUCAGGAGGAAGAGAGGAUCGAGAUGGAGUUGAAGACGAAUUUGAACGCGCGCAAGCUCCAGUACAUUUUCAAUUACGCGACACAGGAGAACAGGGGACCCGUAGUCGACGAGCUUAUCUCUUCCGUCUCGUUUCUCGCCUCGAAGAUCCUCGAAACGCACAUUCUCCUUCUUUCUCCGGUUUUCGGGAAAGAGGCGAUUCUCGGCGUCUCGGGAGGCUCCUCGCAACGCCUCGCGCGCAUCGGCACGGUCGCGCCCGGUGCGGCGCUGAGCGACGACGACCGCAUCGCGUCCUCGGCCAGAAAAGACGAACGGUUCGUGACGAUGAUGAAGGUGAUUCAGCUCGAGUUCAUCCAGGAGUUGUCGCGGCAGUUUCGGCUGGUCCACACGGCGAUGUUCGACACCCAGAACGUGCGCGCGGGCGUGCAAGACUUUUACGACAACGUGAUACCGCAGCAAGUGUCGACGAAGGCCUCGCGGCUGUUGAACCAGAGUCUGGAGCUGUCCAGGGCGGACGUGUACCCAACAAACGCGGAAAUCUUGUCGACUUCGCCGCCAAAGACCGCCAGCCAGCUGCUGCGUUCGAUCCAGAAAUACCGCAUCGAAAACGACCAGGAACUCAAACAAGUCCUGACGUGCAUUUGGAAAACCCAGGGCGCGCUCCAAAUCAAACUCCAAGUGCACCUUGUCUGCAAAACGCUCCUCGACCUCGAACUCCUCACCGAAAGCGACUUCGUCUCAACCACUGCCGAAGUCCCCACUGAAGCCGGACAGACCCGAGAGUUCCGAGCUCUCUGCCCGAGAGAGCCUGCGUGCCUGAAGCUGAUUACGGAGGCGAUGGACAAACAACUUGGAGGGCGCCUGCGUCGGAUGACUUCGACGACGCAUCUGGUUCAAGUUCUCCGGCACAUUAUCGAAAGAAAUGUGUGGCUCGAUUGUUUUAUCUUCCUCGUUCAGCUGAUGGGAAACGACAUCUACGUUGACGAGCUCCCUGGCGGAGCCGUCGGAGUCGACGGCUCCUCCGGGCGCUUCAAGGACCGAAAUCCUUCCGACGAGUAUGAUCUGGAGAGUCCGACUCAGCAGCGGUACCGCCGGAAUUUGUUGAGGAUUCGCGCGGUGUUUGACCAGCUCAGCAACUUUGCGGGGUUCCUCCCGCUCGACCUCGUCGACGAAGCCAUUCAGCUGUUAACGGACAACCGGCUGAACUUCUCGGGCGUGGUGGCGUGUCUCCAGCACCUCAAGAUCGGCAGCGUGUACAUCGAAGACAGCGGAGACUUGGCGAAUACGUUUGACCACCUCGGAGUUCGGCGCGAGUCGCCAGUCUGCGACAUUGAAGCCUCAAGUGAAACGGUCAACGAAGUGAUUGACUGGACGUCUUUCCGCAAAGACCCCGGCUGGACUCCGGAUCUGUUUCGCGCGUUCGACCGCCUGACUUCCUCGUGUCCCGGCUACAUGGGCAAAUCGCAGAUGUUCGAAUUCGUGAAGGAAAUCCACAAGCUCUUUCAGCCGCAGGUCUCGGAAAUGCGGAGAGGCCGCGACCGUCUUCGAGGCAGAAAGCAGGAACAGAAGGGAGGAAUCACCCAACUCGGGGGCGUCUCCAGAGAGCAAGCUAUUCGACAACUUGGAGCAGAAGACGAUCUGGCUGGAGCCAUCCUCCCUGCGGAAGUCACUGUCGAUACAGCUGACGAAAGCAUGCGCAUGGUUUCCUUCGAGAUGUUUCACAAAGUGGCGACGAAGCUGGGCUUGUCCGUGAGUCACCGGCACUCUCGCAUCUUGUGGAUCAUUCUGUCGCUGGACUCCUACGAAGAAAUCCAGCAGUUCCUGCCCGAACGCGACGUGAAAAUGGGGCUGAUUCGCAUCUAUUUCCAGCCGCUUGUCGGCUCCGGACGGCCCGCGACCAACCGAGACGGCGUCUCUGAAAUUACUGGCUACAAGGGCUACGUGACGUUUGUGCUUUUCCGGCGCAUUCUGCGACAGCUCGGAGUCGUUAUUUCCGACAAAUCAGCGAGAAUCCUCUGGGACGACUUGCCGAAAGACCCGCUGGACAUCACGGAUUUCCUGCCUUCCUCGCUGCUGAGCGAAACGUGUCCGACCAAGUACCUUCGCAUCGAAAUGGACAAGCUCGGGAUGGAUCCGAUGAAAGGCCGAGUCGCCAGCAUUGAAGUCAUCCAGAAAAAACUCCCGCGCAUGUUGAUGACGGGGUUGUGGCCGGAGGCGAUUCGCGUGUUGCUCAAACUUUCUCUGCAACUGGACGUUUCCGAGAGCCACAUCACGACGGUCUUGACGGCGAUGGACCGCCGCGCCAACCGGUACGGGCUGAUUCGUCCGGAAGAAGUCGGUGCAAUCUUGUCGAAUCUCUCCGUCGAAGGCAUGACUUUCUCCAUGCUACGCGACGUGAUCCAGAAGAUGCGCGUCUUAAUGCCUGAGCAAGACAUCAAACGCAUGUUUGAUCUCAUGGACAUCAACCAGGAUCUCACGCUCUCUCUCGGCGAACUCCUCAGCGGCUUCGAGGUGCUCUUUGGGCGCCUCAUGCCCGUCCUCGUCCUCAAGCAAGUCGGUCUCUCGAAUGAACGCAUGCUCAUCAUCCUCUCUUGCACGACGCUCGGUCUCCUCGCCUUCUUCGGCUUCCUAGGCCUCGCCUUCUCCAGCUUCGAGAGCUUGAAGAGCGGCAUCAGCACGGCGGUUCAGUCGCUCCUGGCGGUGCUCGGAGCCGUUGGAUUGCAGUCGAGUGCGAGUCAGGAAAUGGAGCAAGUUCAAGAGAGAAUGAAGGCGCACAUUGAGGCCAUCAUGGGCGACCAGCUCUCGAAGGCGAAAGAACAAGUCGAAGAACUGCAGGAGUACAUAAAGCCGGAGCCGCCUUCCAAAGAGGGGAAACCCACCAAGCUGCGAUACUUUGUUCCCCGCAAAUUCCGCCCGGACCUCGAGGAUCCUCGGCCCUGCGUCACAUUCUCUCCCGGCUCCUACGUGCGUUUGGACCCGACUGUCUCCGGUCGCGUCGAUCGCGACAAACUGCGCUGGUCCAUCACGCCCCGCAUUCCAAAGAAAACAGGCCUCACGUUCAACCCUCGAACAGGCAUUAUUGAGGGAACGAUUCCGAUUCACGAAGAGCAUUCAGGUUCCUUCCAAGUGCCGGUAACGGGCGACAAGCGCGUGUUCAAACCAUCGGCGUCCCUCAACGAGUACUCGGAGGUCGACGGAGUCUCCGACGACAAAUACAUUCAUCACUAUGAUAUGCCCCGACUGGGGACGCACCAUGAAUCGUUUGGAGAGAAGGUGUUGCGCCUGUCCCGGAAAACGUACACGGUCGUCGUCAGAAACUCAGCUGGAUAUGCGCGAACCCGCGUCACCUUCCAGAUCCAGCACCGAAGCAUCAUCGGUCGCCAGCAGAAGAAGGAGCCGGGAAAAGAAGGCGGACCCGAGUCGCGGAAGGACUUGAGAAAGCGGCAGACUGUCCGCCUCGCCGACGUCGAUGUGUAG